AUGAUGACGUUGGCUAAAGCAGCCUCGUUGCUAGCACUGAUAUCUCUUCCUCUAGCAGCAUAUGCUGAUGUGGAAUUCACGCAUCCCGAUCCUGGCUCAACAGUCAACAGUGGCGACAUACUGACAGCUUACUGGAAAGACUCUGGGGAGGCGCCUAGUCUACUAGACCUGCGUGAUUAUGACCUCUUUCUAUGCGCUGGAGGCCCCUCUGAGGAAUACUCGGCUGACAGCACCUUCUCACAGGAGGACUUGGCCCUCCUUGUACAAGACGGUCUUUUUGAGAGGGGAAACUCUGUUUCUUUCCAAAUCCAACCAAAUCUUGGUUCCCCUUAUCCCGAUGCAUACUUCCUGAAGAUGAUAUCCCGAGGGCCCAAUAACGCAACAGCGGUGAAUUAUUCCCAACGAUUCUCUGUGAACGGCAUGAAGGGGCAAUUUUCCGAGCGCGUUUGGUACGGUCUGUCUCUGACAAACGACGCUGAUUCCCACCAAGAUCUCAGGAAGAGACAGGCUGCAGGUGCUACGGCACUCUAUACUGUUCCGUACCCUGAACAGUCCACAGGGCUCACCAAAUAUGCACCCAUGGCUAGACAGCCCGGCACCACAAUUACAGCAAAGAGUGCUCCGCCCGUGUUUCCUACCAGUGCUUUUUCUGUUGCCCGCACUUUCUUGCCGAUACCUACAUGGCAGACGACAUUGACUGCCCCGCAGACCUUGUCCACUUCCGGUAUCGAGAAUCCUGCGACACCGGCGCCUCAUCCUAAAGACGAUAUGGAACUAUUCCUCAGGAGAUGGGCCGACGAUGCAUGA